AUGAACAGAGAUCUAUGGGAUGAAGAUAGCCUAGACGAUCGUAUUAAAUACAUUGGCCAACAGCACGAGGAUAAUGUUGGAGAAAUUGAAACUUUGAGAUUGGAAAAUAAUUAUUUGCGAAAAGAACUCGAGGUCUUAAAAUCUAUCGUAAUCAAUCUAGAUAGAAGGGUCAGCCACCAGGAGAAUGAAAUAGUGGACCUUAGAGGUAGAUCCAUGAGGGACAAUAUCCUUGUGCAUAAUUUAGCUGAGGAAGAGCAGGAAGAUCUAAGUACAAAAGUGAGUGAGCUGAUCAAAGAGCAUUUAAAUUUGGAUGUUAGCUUUAUCAGGAUUCACAGAAAUGGUCAGAGAUCAACGGGAAACUCUAGGCCUAGGUCAAUUACGGGGAAAUUACAUAAUUAUAGUGACAAAGAUCUUAUUCUCCAAGCGAUGAGCCAAAAGAGAGAAGAUGGCACCACUGACAACAUGCCGUUUUAUAUCACACCGCAGACUCCUCUGCAAAUUAAUGAAAAUAAAAAGAAACUGCAAGAGAUGAAUGCUAAGUAUAGAGAGGAAAAUGUGAAAACAAAGAUUGUGGGGAACAAGCUCGUAUUCCCGAAUGGAUCUGUGUACCGGGAUAAGGUUCUACCACCAAGAGCCGAGGACCUCCUGAUGCUCGACAGAGAAGAAAUUGAGGAACUAGAAGAAGUUGAUGUUAAUAAGAGUGAUACGGUUGGCAUGGCAGGCAUUUGGGACCCCGUCGCUUUGAAAUUAUGA